GGAACGGCACAGUGACCAGCAAGGAGCCAACCGUGCUUCUGUUGCUUUGUGCAAUAUCUCUUUCAAUUCUUGGGCUGGCUUUCGUUGUGCCUUCCGAUGUGUGCACGCUGCUUCCCUCUUCGUUGUCAAGGAUUUCAGUUGCAGCUGCUGUGCUUUUGUCACUGCUGCUGCCGCUUCUUCUGAUUGCAACGCAGAAUUUGCGGAUCCAGAGGGAGAGCGGAGGGUGCAUUCUUUGCCGUUCCAGCCCGAGGCAUGUCGUUUGUACAAUCACCAUGUGGUUCCAUGCGCACCGUCACCGCAUCCCCCACUGAUUUCUCUUCCGUAGCCUCCAGUUCCUCUAAUCCACGAUUUUCAGUGCCUUUUCUUCGGAGUACAGGAUGCGCGAAGAGUCUCUAUUUCAGCGCCAUCUCGCCCACAGUAAUGGGUUUUUCGUGUUCUCUAAGAAAGAGAAAAAUGCAGUAUGGAUUGUCUUCGGGAGACAUUAGUAGUGUUUGUUCGAAAGGGAAAGAAAUCGCAGACGAUAACUUUCUGGUGUCUGCCUAUAGUGAUGCAUCUGCUGCUGCGCCCCUCCGGUCCUCUGAGCAGGAAGAGUUCGCAAAGGAGUGGGCUCACAAGCCUCGACGUGUUGUCCUUUUCGUUGAGCCUUCCCCAUUUUCCUACAUCUCAGGGUACAAGAAUCGUUACCAAAACUUCAUACGUUACCUGCGAGAACUUGGAGACGAGGUCCUAGUCGUCACGACUCAUCAUGGUGUGCCUGCGGAAUUUUAUGGGGCAAAGGUUAUCGGUUCCUGGAGUUUUCCACUGCCUUGGUAUAAGGCUGUUCCUAUGUCGCUUGCGUUGAGCCCACGCAUAUACAAGGAGGUGAAGGACUUCAAACCCGAUAUUAUUCAUGCAUCAUCUCCUGGAAUAAUGGUUUUUGGAGCCCUGAUUAUAGCUAAGCUUGUUGGGGUUCCAGUUGUAAUGGCUUAUCACACACACGUCCCGAUGUAUAUUCCAAAAUACACCUUUAGUUGGCUUGUCAAGCCAAUGUGGCUAGUUAUCAAAUUUCUGCACAGAGCUGCAGAUCUAACAUUGGUUAUGUCCGUUGCACUUGGGAAAGAAUUGAAAUCUGCUGGAGCCUCCACUGCUGAAAGGAUCCGUAUCUGGCGGAGGGGUGUGGAUUCAGAUAGUUUUCAUCCUCGCUACAAGAGUGCAGAGAUGCGACACAAACUAACUGAUGGAAAGCCAGAAACCCCAACAAUUAUCCAUGUAGGUCGUCUUGGGGCGGAGAAGAAUCUUGACUUCCUUGUAAAAGUCAUGGAGAGAAUUUCUGAAGCAAGACUUGUCUUUGUGGGUGAUGGACCUUACAAGCCAACAUUGGAGAAACUGUUUGAAGGCAAAAAUGUCCACUUCACAGGCAUGCUGUCAGGCGAAGAGCUCUCACAAGCCUAUGCCAGCGGUGAUAUAUUUAUCACACCAUCAGAGUCUGAAACUUUAGGAUUUGUGGUUUUAGAAGCAAUGGCAUCUGGCGUCCCUGUCGUCUGUGCAAGAGCUGGUGGGAUCCCGGAUAUUGUAAAUCAAGAUGGUGUGACGGGCUUUCUGUACACUCCCGGAGACGUGGAUGACUGUGUUGGGAAGUUGAAAGCUCUCAUUGAAUCUCCAGAAUUGCGAGACAGAACUGGCCGUGCAGGUCGAGAGGAGGUGGAGAAGUAUGACUGGCGAGCAAGCACUAAACAAGUUCGCAACGAGGAAUAUAGUGCAGCUAUAUGGUUCUGGCGAAGAAGAAAGCAGCAGCUUGCUAGCAGAUUUUCAGGAUGGUUCAAGCAUCCCCAACCACAGACAACUUGAAGUGUUCUAAAUUGUAAGGAAGCCCUCUGUUAUUUCCAUUGACAGCACCCUUUCUCAGCAACAUUAAGAUUUCAGGAGAAGAUUUUACAUGGUCUUGUAAAAGAUGAAUAGACUUAUAGUACAGUUCAGUUGGACACCAAGAUUAGGAGUCUAAAUGUAUGUGAUGAUGCGGUUCUUGUUAUUUUACAAAUUAGUUUAUGCCCAAUUCUGUAUUGGAUAGAAAAAUUGUAUAAUUUGUGUUGAUAAAGAAAUGAGAUACGUUUAAGUUUAAAAUGCC